UAAUUACUGUUUGGUUUAUGCCUCGCAUUGAAGAAGUUAAAAAAGUACCAAUACAUUUGUAUGUGGAAUAUUUACUUAAGAAUUUUUUUUGCUGUUAAUUAAUAAGAAAUUUAUAUUUAGUUAUCAAUUUUUAUUUAAAAAAUGGCAUCUUUAGAAGAUAAAUCUAUUUGGGAAGAUGGUGAGGAAAGUUUGGGUGAAGACGUCCUGCGAAUGUCAACUGACGAAAUUGUUUCUCGAACUCGAUUAUUAGAUAAUGAAAUAAAAAUCAUGAAAAGCGAAGUAAUGAGAAUUUCUCAUGAGUUGCAAGCUCAAAAUGAUAAAAUCAAAGAGAAUACUGAAAAAAUUAAAGUAAAUAAAACAUUACCGUAUUUGGUUUCAAAUGUGAUAGAAUUAUUGGAUGUCGAUCCACAGGAUAUGGGUGAAGAGGAUGGAGCAGUUGUUGAUUUAGAUGCUCAACGAAAGGGCAAAUGUGCCGUUAUUAAAACAUCAACUCGACAAACAUAUUUUUUGCCAGUAAUAGGACUUGUUGAUGCUGAAACAUUGAAACCAGGCGAUCUUGUUGGUGUGAAUAAGGACAGUUAUCUUGUUUUGGAAACAUUGCCCGCCGAAUACGAUGCAAGAGUAAAGGCAAUGGAAGUUGAUGAAAGACCAACUGAACAAUAUUCCGAUAUCGGUGGAUUAGAUAAGCAAAUUCAAGAAUUAAUUGAAGCCGUUGUUCUUCCAAUGACACAUAAAGAGAAAUUUGAAAAUUUAGGUAUACAACCACCUAAAGGUGUUCUUCUAUAUGGACCACCUGGAACAGGUAAAACUCUAUUGGCUCGAGCUUGUGCUGCUCAAACAAAAUCGACAUUCUUGAAAUUAGCUGGUCCUCAACUUGUUCAAAUGUUCAUUGGUGAUGGUGCAAAAUUAGUGAGAGAUGCAUUUUCAUUGGCGAAAGAAAAAGCACCGGCCAUUAUUUUUAUCGAUGAAUUAGAUGCAAUUGGAACCAAAAGAUUUGAUUCGGAGAAAGCUGGUGAUCGUGAAGUACAACGUACAAUGUUGGAGCUUUUAAAUCAAUUGGAUGGUUUUAGUUCAACUGCGGAUAUUAAAGUAAUUGCCGCAACAAACAGAGUUGAUAUUUUGGAUCCAGCUUUACUUAGAUCGGGACGUUUAGAUAGAAAAAUUGAAUUCCCUCAUCCCAAUGAAGAGGCACGAGCUCGCAUUAUGCAAAUACAUUCGCGUAAAAUGAACAUGUCACCAGAUGUGAAUUUCGAGGAAUUGUCCAGAUCGACUGAUGAUUUUAAUGGAGCACAAUGCAAAGCUGUCUGCGUCGAAGCGGGAAUGAUUGCAUUGAGGAGAAAUGCAACGGCAGUUACACAUGAAGAUUUAAUGGAAGCCAUUAAUGAAGUGCAAGCUAAAAAGAAAGCAAAUCUUAAUUACUAUGCUUAAAUAAUUCAUAAAAAUAAAAAAAAGUCUGCGUUUUCAAUUCAAGGAAAUAAAUAAUUUGCUAAUAAAGUAUGUUGUGUGAGCGUAUAUUUGUAUCUUUAAGAAUAAACAAAAUUAUUUGUAGUA